UUAAACGAACAUUCAAUCAAUUAGAAGAACUCUCUACCGUGAUAAUAACGAUUAAAAAAGAUUACAAUUAUUAUCUCGACUUAUCAAAUUGGCAACUCAAUACUGAAGUUGAUGAAGAUGCAUAUGUUGAGGCGUUUCCUCUUCUUUCAGAUCGUAUUAAAUUUAUACAAGAUUUAAAGAAUUAUUAUGAAGCAAGAAAAACUGUUCUUUCUCAUAUCGAAAGAAUUUUUCCUAAAGAAAAAGAUCAUGAAUCGUUCGAUAAAAUCCAAGAAUGGCGAACUACCACACUGCAAGGACCUAAAUUUGGUGCAAAAAUCGCUCUUGAUAAGUUAGAACGUUAUGAGAAAAAAAUGAAUAGUGGUGGUAACAAAAAAAAGAAAACAAAUUAA